AUGUUAGGGUUGUUCGCGUCCGUGCGGCGCUGCCGGUCGCGCGACACGGGCACGCAGCUGGCCGCCAAGUUCUCCUCGCGGCAGCGCUACGGUGUGGACUGCUCGGCCGAGAUCCACCACGAGAUCGCGCUGCUGUCCCUCUGCAGCCCCUCGCCCCGGGUGGUCAAGCUGCACGACGUGUUCCAGACCGACACCGAAAUCAUCCUCGUCAUGGAGUACGCCCCCGGCGGAGACCUGCAGACCCUCAUCGACGACAACAUUGUCCCCUACGAGUCGGACGUGGUGUCCUUCACGCGACAACUCGUGGAGGGCCUGGGCUACCUCCAUCACCGCAAGAUCGCGCAUCUCGACAUCAAGCCCCAGAACCUCGUCAUGAUGGGAGACUUCCCCGACUGCGACGUCAAGCUGUGCGACUUUGAGAUCUCCAGGGUCAUCCUAGAGGGGACGGAGAUCAGGGAGAUCCUGGGGACGCCCGACUACGUCGCGCCGGAGAUCCUGCACUACGAACCCAUCACCAUGGCCGCCGACAUGUGGUCCCUGGGGGUAACGGUGUACGUCCUCCUCACCGGCUUCUCGCCGUUCGGCGGCGAGACGGACCAGGAGACGUUCUGCAACAUCUCGCGCGCGCAGCUCGACUUCCCGGAGGAGCUGUUCGAGGACGUGAGCCCCGAGGCGCAGGACUUCAUCCGCAGGCUACUGCAGCGCGAUCCAAGGUCGCGCCCCACGGCCAAGGAGUGCCUCCGCCACCCCUGGCUGUCGCAGCGCUCCGCCGAGUCCGGGCCAGGCCGCACCCGCAGCUGCGCCUCCUGCUCGCAGCCAGCCACGCCGGGGGCGACGGCGCCCAACCUGCGGAAGUACCUGUCCAAGUCCAGGGAGGCGCUGUUCGAGCGCGUGCUGCAGCGCGGGGGCGGCGGCGGCGGCGGCGGCCCGCUGGGGGCGGCGCGGACCAAGGCGGGCCCCGGCGCGCGCCUGUGCGAGAGCCAGAUGUCCCUCGUGUCCAAGUCGCGGGAGCGCGAGCUGCAGGCCGCGCUGGUGGCCAUGUCGCCGUCGCUCAGCCGCUCCCGGGAGAAGCUGUACGGGCUGCGCAGCCUGUCGCGCUCCCAGGAGGUGCUCGCCAUGUACCGGGCCCUGCCCGGGCUGCGCACCCUGACGCGCGCCACCACGGCGGACCUCAGCCAGCUGGGCCUGCUCGGCCGUGGCUCGCACACGUCUGUCGGCUCCGAGCUCGACACACUCCCCGACCUGGAGGACGAGGCCGAGCCCGUCUCCGGCUCCUUCUCCACGCCCGCCACGCCCGCGCCGAGUGUCUCGAGCCCCGCGCAGCCCCCGCUCCUUGAGAGGACCACGAGCAGCCCCACGCCCACCACCAACGCGCUCCCGGUCACCGUCAUCCCCACGACGACCGUGGCCGUGGCUGUGGCUCCGAGCCCCGCCCCGGGUGACAGACCAACGUCCCCCACCCCAGAGCCGGCAGUCACCCCCGCGCCCAGCGCACCCGUGGCGCCCGUCGUCCAGGACGCCCACACCCAGGCCGAGGCCGACGCGGAGGCAGAGGCCAUCAUCAGCGCCCUCCGCAGCGGCCUGCUGGCCCGAGGCGCGCCCGCGCUGCCCGCCCUGCUCGCGCCCCUCAUGGUGGCCGCGGCCACGUCGGCUAACGGCUGCCUCGGCCACCAGCACGAGACCCGGCCCGAGAUCACGGCCACCGCAGGCCUACAGCGGGAGCAGUCCACGCUGUCGUCGCACUCCGAGUCAUCCGAGAGCACGCUAGACGAAGACGCGCAGGUCGACGAGGACCUGGACGAGGACAACGAGGACAACGACAGUGACGCGGAGCAGCAGCAGCAGCCGCACCAACAGGGCCAGCAGGACGCCCAGGAUCUGCAGGACCAGCAGGACAAGCAGGACCCACGGGACCCGCAGGACCCGCAAGGCGAGCAAGACAUUGACGAGCCGCGCUUCACGGUACAGCAGCUCAUCACGGCAUACAACCUGCACGACGAGGUGGUCACCAAGUCCUCGCUCGACUUCACUAUGGCGGCCACAGACCGCGAGACCAAGAUCCUGCAGCCCAACAACAAGAGCAAGUUCCCUACCGGGCCCAACGCGCUGCGUCUCUUCAUCCCGGACAUCGACAUCACCAACGCCAAGCCACGCAAGAGCAAAAGCGGCCGCAAGCCCUGCGCCAUCAGCAAGAUCAUAGAGGAGGACGCUGUGGACGGUGAGCAGCCGUGCCUCUCGCCGGAAACGAUCAGCAACAACAACAAUAACGUCAACAGCCACGUCAACAACAACAACAAUAACGUCAACAGCAAGACAACCUGCCAUCUCGAUAUGCCCAAGCCCGUCAUCCGUGUCGACGAUGUAUCUUACCUGCCCAAUGGCACCGACACGCCGUCAGCCCUCAAGGAGCCGCCGCCGCCGCCUCCUUUGCCGCCGACGUCCUCGUCGACGGUCUCCCUCCUCGAACCAAAGAAAAGCUUCAAGUCCGUACGGCCAGGUGCCCCGAGUGUCGCGCCCGCGUCGUCCGUCCACAGACACCGUCGCUCCGCGUCGACGCCAAACUCGGAGCCACGCACAGCGGGCUUGUCGCCGUCUCCGUCACCGUCGACCACGAAAACUGGCCGCAGCAGCAGUAACACGAACGGCGUCCACAGGUCGGGUUCCGCUGCCGGCCCGGUCAGAAAAACUAGUGGGAGUACAGGCAGCAACAGCACGUCAGAAAAACUCAGAAGGAAAUCCACGCCGGUGUUCAAGUGACCAGUGCCCCUCCUUUCUUACACAAGACCUGAAAUCGUGAUUCGGUACACGCCCGUAGUUCUUUUCGGGUUUUGUCUUGACAGUGAUCUCUCGGAAGACUGCAACUACGGUCGUUCUGGCAAAAGAAGUGGACUCUUAUUCCAUUCGGAACUCUGAGGGUCGGGUCGAAAGGGUUGGAGGAAGUUAGCGCUCGUAAACGAAAUACGUGACAGUCAGGUUCCUUACUUGAUUACUCGUGGCGGAACACCGCCGUCGCUCGCAGUCGCCUUGCUCCUUGCUCUGGACUCACUUUACGAAAACUCUUGUCAGUUUAUCGGAAUACCGUCGUGGGCCCGAGAUGGCUGGAGAGUAUGAGAAUAAGCUCGCUCGGAAGCUAUGCAAAUCAAAGUUCUCGUCAAAAAAAAAAUAGUUUUUUUUAAUUCGAAACUGUUGCUUUUUGAGUUCGUUCUGGAGGAAUUUGGAACCAAGAAGCCAAUUUCACUCAAAAAUUUCCAAUUUUACAAAUUCUUUAACACAAAAAGAGGAAAAAGUGAAAAUGUUCUGAUAGCUGUUUAAGUAUAUUUCCUGUAAAAAUGUGGCACUGAUUUAAAUAAUAAAAUUUGGUGUACUUGUUUAAAA